ACAACAAUGCAUUAUGUAAAUGGAUUCGAUAUUGCCAAGCAGAGCAUACAAGAGGUGGAAACACUGGCCCAAUCGAAAAAGAUACCAUGGGUAGCCAAACCUCAGGAGCUGAUGGGUCAGCAGCUGACAGACCAGCAACAGCAGCAGCAACAGAAUUGUCAAGUACUGGAGUUCACCUCCACAGUGGAUGUGGGUGGUAUCUACCUCAGCAAAGGCUAUUGCGACUUCCCCAUCUCGCCCGAGAACAUGUUCGAGCUUCUGUAUAAUAUUAAUGAGAGGAAGAAAUGGGACUUAUCAUGCGUGGAAGCCAAGAUAUUGGAGGAGUACGACCAUCUGAAUCAUAUUAUACAUAUGUCGAUGGCCUAUCCUUUGGUGACCGUCAACAUGAACUUGUAUAGGAGUUGCAAGUAUGAUCCACAGGCAAGAAUAUACGUGAUCGCAAUGCGAUCCAUCGAGUUGGAGGACGAUACGGGAGGCGGAUUCGACUGCCUUCCCAAUGGCUGGGUGAUUGAAGCUCUCACACACAGUCGCGACCGAUGUCGUUUGACAUUCGUCCAACAAUGCAAGCUGCGUGAUAUUGAGCGCCAGAGCAUACCUGCGUACAAAUCAUUCGUCAAUGGCAUUGCCGUGCCCGAUGUAUCCAAGUUCCAACAUCAUCUGGCAUUGUUCCCUGCGACUGUUGGUGGCACAUGUAGCAAGAUAUUCGAAUGCAUCCAGCGUUACAUCGAACUCAAUCACACUCAACUACAUGCUCGCGACCCACGUCUAAUGAUCCUCGAACAAGCCGAAGCAGAGCUCAAUGGAAUGUUUGGAACGACCACCACUGACUAUGGAUGGACGACCAUCUGCAAGAAGCAUGACAUGGAACUGUUGGUAAAGAGUAGUGACCACUAUCUGAUGGUUGGCAAAGGUUGCUUCGCAUCAAGAUUCACUCCAGCACAAGUCAGCAACCUACUAUAUAGUGAGACACCAUGGAGUUGGGAUACCUUUUAUGAGAGGUCAAGCAUUGUGGACAACUUGGACAAGAAUAAUAGAGAGCUGGAGUUGUGGUACAGGAUGUUUGAUGAUUGUUUGCAGACGGAUAGAGUGUUGCAAUCAGUUAAGCAUGGACCUGGAAACAGCUCAUCAGUCAUUUGGCGUUCGACAUUAGCCUCCAAUCAAUCCAAACCAAAGUUUGAUAUUGAGCUCAACUUCUUACCAAGUGGAAUCUUCUCAUAUGCACUGGGCGAAGGAUCGUUCACAACAUUCCUAGUUGCCGUGCUGAUCCGUGGAGGCACGCCAGAACAGCACCAGAUGAUCAGCAAGUUCUUCGCGGCCAGGAUCAUCUCGUGUGAGAACGGCAUCAUCAACUGCCUCAAGACCGAGCAUAGGUCUCCCAAGCUUGAGGAGGACCCGGCCAACCUGCCCGUCAUCCCCACAUUCGACAGCCACUGCCUACUCUCGGGCAAGUCCGAGUCUGAGGACUUUGUCAACAUGGUACUCAACUUCUCAGACAUGCUACUGACGGACCACGACGCGGAGAAGCAGGAGCGUGAAGACAACGACAUUGAGUUGCCCGACAGCGGAGUGGCACACCAGUCUACUCGCGGAGGCAUGGGACAUGGCGGCUGUGGAGGCCAGCCACCACCUGUUGCCCCAGCCACAGCCCAGGCACCCGCCCCUGGCCCAGCCUCGUCGACUGCGUCCAAGCGCAAGAGGAACAGCGAUGACGAUGAUGGCGCCGACCAUCGCCCGACGAUUCGUAUGACCAACAAUAUCAUCUCAAACAAGAUGCCUUGCAAUGAUGGCGUGUAUCCAAAGAUGUGGAACGAGAACAAGAGACAGCCAUUCCUGUUCCUCGUCUCGGAGAAGAAUAACAAACAACGACUGAGAAGACGUGAAGUGGCCAUCUCCAACUCCAGCUUCGACACACUGCCCGACGAGAUUGUGUAUCACAUCUUGUCCGGCCUGCAGGCACCCGACCUCUUGGUGGCGUCGAUGGUGUGUCGUCGCUUCAAGAUCGCAUCGGAUUGCUCGCGACUCUGGCACAACCUCUACAUCACCAGUCCACUCUUCAACAAGAAGGUGCCCAGACGCAUCGACAAGGCGCCUGUCUCACCAGCUCCUGUAGUCGCCCCACCAGCCAUAGAGGUGGCAGCGGACCCCAUGGAUAUCCAGCCACUGUCAGAGCCACUACCCCAACCGACAGUUGUGGCGACCGCGGCCCAGCCAAACUGGCGCCUUCAGUACUUGAGCGGCGUGAAGCUCAACAUUAGGUGGCAAACAUGCAAGCCCAAGCGCAUGACUGAGCUCAAGGGCCACUCAAAGUCGAUCAGAUGUCUCAAGAAUGAGGGAAACUCAGCACUCUCUGUCGCCAGCCAGGACAAGCGUUUGUUGUUCUGGAACCUGAACUCGGGCCAGUACAUUGGCCAAUACAGUGAUUCAUCGACCUCGAUCGUCUCUGUGGACUAUGAUCGCUCGACCAAGUCAUCCUACAUCUGGCCACUCACAGAGUACACCCGCGUGCAUGUCGGUCACAAGAACGGCCUGAUCGCACUGGUCGACUUCUCGGAACAGCCUCUCAAGUUGUUGUCCACAUGCCGACCCAAGCUGCUGGCGGACGGGUACGACUUCCGCGUCAAAGGCCGCUACCUGAUCUGGGAGAGCGGCCAGGUCGAAUGCUGGGACGCCAACGAGAUGGUGCGACUGUGGCAGGCAGGCGACCACACCAAGAAGAUCAACCAGGCCAUCUCGAUCGACUCGGCCCAGUUUGCCAGCCCCAUCGUGUGCACAGCCAGCACAGACAAGACCGUGAAGCUGCGCAAUAUGGUCGAUGGCGAGUUGAUUGCAUCUUUGAGCGGCUUUGUUGGCGGCGUCAACUGUGUGGAGUCGGUAGGCAGCAACAUGAUCGUGACAGGCUCCAGCGACAAACUGAUCAAACUCUGGGAUCUGCGACAACUGAAUAACGCGGUGGUCGUCAACUCGGGCCACACUGCGCCAGUGCGCUGUGUAUCCUACGAGGAGACAGGUGGCAGGAUACUCAGUGGCGGUGAUGAUGGUGUUGUUGUAGUGUGGGAGUUGAAUGGAUGGAAGACAUCAACGGCCAUGCCCACGACAACGACAACGACUACAACUACAACCACGACGACUAGUACUACGACAGCCUCGUCGUCGAACAACAACAACAGCAAUUUGAUGUAUGGUAGAUGUGAGGAGAGUGGAAGGAUCACCAAACAUACCAGUGGCAUCACUUGUAUCGACUCGGACGAACAUGGAUUCCUCAGCGCAUCGUCCAAUGGCAUCAUCUACCGAUGGGAUUUU